AUGGUCAAAACGGCUAAGAGUGGUUCAAACAAAAACAGUGUAAGUAGCGUAGCCAAUAAGACAAAAGCACGGGGCAGUUCCAAGCCCGGCACAAAAGACCCUCCAAAAAGUAAGAAAGAUACCCGAACCGAUUCAUCGUUCGAGAAGCCCGCUGUCAACGAGCUGAGGGAUCUUUAUGAAAAUGGAAAGCCAUUUGAUAAGAACUGGUCUGAGCAUAGGGAGGAGACGGAAUAUGUGCUUAAACCGGAUAUCAAUGAGCUGAUACGGUUUUGGGAGAAUAUUAAUGAGAAGGAAGCAACCAAAUGAAACCGCGCUGCAUAUUAAAUAAACUAAGUUUUGAGCA